AUGAAGGUUUUAUUCAAUUUACAGCGGCAUUUUUCGGCUUCUUCUUCAAUAUUAUCAAGGUAAAAAAAAACAUUUUCCAGAAUUCGGAAAAAAAGUGAGUCGAAUUUAAGAUUCGCUACUUUCACUUCCUGCUUUUUUUCGGCACCUUUCUCUUACUAACUUUGAUCUAACAGGUUUCGCUCGGCCUCAUCGCCUGUGAUAAAAGAAAUCGGCCACAUUCUUCCUGUCGUUCCAACAACGACUUUUGAACCUGGACAGGUAAUUCGAAAGAGUUCGUUUCGAAAAGAAGUUUCAAAAUCACCAGACGUUCAUCCACCGUACAUUUGCUUAUAAAGGAGUCGUCGUUUGUUCAUUUUCUUGCCGGUUACACGAAAAAAAGGCCGGAACCAAGUGAGAAUCGUAACAAAGGUUUAUGAUAGAACAGCCAAGAAAAAUCAAAUCAAAAGAUGGACUGGAAUAAAAAGCCGCGAGAGUCCAAGGCAUGUGCGCUCCAAGGAUAAUCUAAGAUUUUUCCAAGGAUAAUCUAAGAUUUCUGUGAUUUUUUAGUCCGCUCGAGUUCCCUCUCAAGCACAAGUAGUUUCAAGUCGGACGCGCGCCUUGAAGAAAUUUUUUGCAUCACUCUUUGAGUGAUUUGAGGGCAGUAUUCAGUAUUCAUGUAGAACUGAUUCGCACAAAAAAAUCCAGAAAAGACUCAAAAUCAACGAAUAUUUCCAAAAUGUCCAUGGUGCUUACUUUCAUCAAUUUUUUUCCUUUUUUCUGGCUUUUCCGUCAUAUACCUGCCACCGGUGUCUUGACUAAUGAUAUCACCUCUGGUUUCAAGUGAGAAAGAAGUCUCGACCAAGGACUUCUACCAAGUGCUGGUCCACCGACGCGACUGGGGCCACAUGGGUUUCCCUGUCGACAUGACUUCCUACCUGGUUGACGGCGUCAACACGCGCGGAGAAAAGCUAUUAACUUUCAUAAAGUGCGAGUCUGAGUGAUUAUUUCCGCUCAUUCCACGUCUUUUCAGUGGAAUGGACUGCGUUGGCCACGACGACAUCAUACCGUAUUUUCCCAUUUCCAACGCCUAUUUUGAUCACGACCUCUUUGAACGGAUAUUUGACGUCAGAGAUGAAAGUGGUUCGUUUUCCGGAGGGCAAAGAUGAAGUUGGGCAAGAAAAAAAGUCUCGGUCUAGUAAUAAAACAAAAGAAACCAUGGAUACUAGCUAUGUAGAAAAAACUUCUUCUUGAAAUAUGGAAGCUGUAGAAAUAUUAUCGUUCCUCUGAUUUCUCUCUUUGCAAAACCGAUGUCAGAAUAAGAAACUUCUCUGACUUCUCUGCGCCCUCUUUUCUCUAAACAGGAAGAAUAGAAACAUGGAAAUAUCACGUAAACAUGAGAAAUCAGACAGUUUCUGGUUUUUAUUCAAAUUUUGUAACUAUGUGACCGCAAAAGAAUAACUUUUAAUUUUUUUUUUCUCUGAAUUUUUUGACAAGGGAGUAUAAACAAAAAGUUUCUGACACGUUCCAAAUUUUCACCUUUUAGGUGAAUUGCGAGUUUCUAUGAAGCCAGAGCUAAUGGAAAGUUAUCGUUCUUCUCAUCGGUCUUGGUUGGCUCCACGGGAUGUUUAUAGGUAUUAGAUCGAUAUUUUUAGAUCGAUCAUUCAUAACACCUUUCUGGGUAGUUGGAACGCGAAUAAACCUCACAUGGCUUACAUGUAGAUCAACAGUAGGAAGCGCUUUGAGAUCUAGGGAUAUCUUUACCCCCCUUUAUUGGGGUCACCAAACGCUUUCACAAAGUGGUCCCUACAGUGGAUAUACUACUGAUUCUUUUUUUGUAAACUCUAUGAGAAAAAAACUAAAUAAACUGGCGUUAUUUGAAAUUUAAAAUACAAAUCAAAAAAAUUGAUCAAGAUGUCUUUUGUCAUUUUCAUGUCUGAACAAAAAAAUUAAACGACCCCAUAGGUACUACUUGAGCUUUAGGGGCCCAUGGUCAGACACUAAACCCCUAUAGGGACCACCUAAAUUUACUCCUAUAGAAUGCACUUUUUAGUCCCCUAAAAGGGUUUUUUUUUUCUCCCUAAUCCUCUAUAGUAACCACUCUGGCGUCGCUAAUUAUGUUUCAUGUCGAAAGCGAGUUGUUUGAAUCCAGUAUAUAUCUCAUUGUUGGAAAUUCACAUUAAAACAUCAAGGAACGGAGUUUUCCCAGAGAACGGACCGAAAAUAUCGAAGUCACCGUCACGACCUUUUACCUCGGCGUCAACAACGUCGGAGGACAGCCCCAACAUAUGUGGCGAUACGUUGUCAGGUCAGUUUUCCGGAAAAGGAAAUGAAGCUCCUUCCUGAUUUCAUUCGGACCAAAAGACCAAGUUCCGAGAAUGUCACCAGAAUUCCAAGCGCACAAGAUGUGCCCCACGGGAUUGUCCCAUUUUCUGUUUCAGAAGGCCUUUUUUGCUGUUUUAGUGAUCGGACGGAAGCUUGUUCUGCAAUUUCCAAAUGUGAAUCUUAGAACUUGAAUAUAGUCUGUUCACAUUUUUUGUUCACACGAGUUUCACAAAAAAAAAUUGAGUCCUGAGAAGAAAAUGUUGACUUUGCGCCUUAAAAAGCGUUCUUAUAGCUUGCGGAAGAAAAACUUGCUUUUUAAAUUUUUUUUUUCAUGAUAAGGUUGUUUUCUAUAAAUUAAUAAAGGAUGUUUUGGAAAUCGCAUCUGAAGCCAUCCAGAAUGAAGUUGAAUUUUCGAGUUUCCUUUCCAUCACGACAACUGUAGAGCCUUCGGUUGCCCUGCACAUCUAACUUUUGCCACGCUUUGAGAAUUAAUAAAAUUUGAAACCGCUUCGCAACCGCACGCGUCACUGGCCAAAGUCUGGCCCUUUCGUACUCAAGUUUUCACUCAAUAGAUACAAAAAAAACUACAUUUUGAAGUUUUAUAAAAAGUCUGCAGUGAUAAACUUCUCUGAACUUAUUCUUUUCAGAAUAGAAAACAUGACUCCUCAACAAGGAGUGAUUCUCCGGGAAAGAUGUCUGAAAAUCUACUCUCUGAACAACAUGAAUCAGAUGCAUGCUCAUGGAGUUAUUGGCAAGGUUGGAGCGUUAAUAUUCUUGAUUUCUAAAGAUAAUUUGUUCCUAAAAAUGAUGGGAACUUCUUUUUGAAUUUAUUUUUUAUAGUCUCAGAGGUUUUUUUAAAGCAACUACCCUGAUUUCCAGCAUAUUUUUACUGAAGGAAGGGGCAAAAAAGUAUAGGCGUAAUUUAUAAAAUCUGUUGGGGUCCCUUAGAAAAUCUUUUUUUUCUGAAAAAAAAGCUUUUGAGCUUUUUUGUUUUUUCGGACCCUACACAGAUAAGAAGUCAAUCUGGGAAAAAAAUCUUAAAAAAAUAAAGAAAAAUUUCUGAAAGAACUGAAACCUUUUCUGUCUUCCGAGCUUAUCAUGCGAACUCAGCAACCCGAGCUGAACGCCGAGUCGCCGGCCUUCCAGUUCAGCAGUACGAUCGAGCUCAAACAUUCCAAGGGCGGACACAUGUGGUGGGUCCUUUUCCGCUUCUUAUUUUUCCCUCAAUCAAGUUGUCCCUCAGAUCCGCGCUCUUUUGUUUCCUAGCUUCUCAGGUCUCCGAAAAAGUAGUUUUGAUAAAGUUGAGUACCUUAUUUUUCCUAUUUCCUCAACAAAUCAAAAAUAAUUCUAAGGACUUUUUGAGAACUCACACGUUCUGCGAGAUUUUCGAAAAGCCUUGGCUACGAAAAUUUCAUCUUUUUUCCUUUCCUUACUACUAUAAGUAUUAAACAACAUACGGAAUGUUCGGAACUAAGCUUCAUUAAGCUCCGCCCACUCUCUGGCUUACCGUAGGGAAAACACCGUAAAAAUCAACUUUUUCUCAGUGAAGCUAAUUAGUAAAAACAUCUCCCUAUAUGAACAUUUUUUUAAUUUGAAGAAGGUCCCAAAAAAAAAUUUCCUACCAGAAGAAAUGAAUGAAGUAGCCCUUAAUUUAUUGUAAAUCCAAUCUAACCUCUGAACUAUUCUUAUUUAUUUAUUAUUUGAUAAUUCAUCUGUACAUUUUUUUCAUAUACAUUACAUCAUAGACUUGUCAAAAUUAAUUACGAUAAUAUUGAAUCAGUAUUGAAAAAAUGGAAUUGAAUCUUUUUAGCUUCACUGACAAUUUCUCAGACAAAAACUUAAUCAUGGGAAAAAGUUUUAUGAGCAAAAUACUGUGAGAUUUUCUUGUGCUCAGUUUUUUAACUUUUCAACAAUUAUUGAAACAAUUCAUUCAAGGAUUCUUUCAUUUAGCAGGGAACGUGUUUUACCCCCCGGUUGAACUUUUGCUGAAACUUUGCUCAAGUGUACCCCUGAUUACAGAACAAAAAGAAAAUUUCUCGCAAUAGAUCUUGUUUCCGAGUUAUGGAGCCUCAAAGUGUGCAAAAUACGCAAAAUAGGCCAAAAAAGCGCUAUUUCGGGUAUUUGAAGCGUCCUAACUCGAAAACGAGAUCUAUUGCGAGAAAUUUUUUUUCUGUUCUGUAAUCAGGGGGUUCUAAAGUACACUUCAGCAAAGUUUCAGCAAAAGUUCAACCGGGGGGUAAAAAACGUUCCCUAGUUAGCUAAAAGCUGUAUCCUACAAUUUCCUGAAGACAGUCGCCUCUUUUCUGUAGGAUCAGUAGUAGCUUUACUAUUAGCGGAUAAUUCUUUCACUACUCGAGGCGAUUUUUUGCAGCAGGAGCUGUGCAAAUAAAGCCCUGCUUAAAAGGGACGCAUGAACAAUGACCGGAACUGAAAGCCCAAAGAUUUUCAUUGUUUUUGCGGGGUUUCAUUACUUUUUCUAACCCAGUCGCUUUCUUUUUUGCUGUUGUUUUUGGCAUUUUCUUUGUUUUCGGCUUUCUUUUCAGAAAAAAAGAGUGGUCAUUUUUACGAUUAGAGAUGUUUGAAUGGCCUUGGUGGACAGAGAAAAUUGAACUCUCCAUGUUGGGGUUCGAAUUUCAGCUUGUUCUUUUUUCAUGAGAAUCAUGUUUUCUGCAAUAAUUUAGUACGUUUCUAUUUUCAGCCUUUUUUCCUGAAGGAGAUCUUUUUUGCUUCUGAGAAUGAAUACAAUUUUCUUUGAGAAAACAAAAAUCAGUGUCCAAGGAUCUCAAGCUUACACAAAAGCUGCUUAUUCGAACCAGAGAAACAAUUUAGUUCUAUCGUAAAAUAGAUUUGAAACCGGCAAUAACUUCAAUUUUUUUUAAACUGAUCGUGUGAUUUUGAGUACUUCUACGUAAAUACUUCUUCUGGAUUUUUCAAAGCGAUUUGAUUUUAAUUUACCAAUCAUUAAAUUAACCGUUGAACGUUGAAAAAAAAACAUCUAUAAACCUUCCAUUUUUCAUAAUGAUCGCAAGUAUUUUAAAGAUUUCUAUAAUGUCUUCUUUCAAGGUAGCAAUGAAGGAACUAUGAUCCAGGUAGCUUAAUACAUUUCGAAGCGCUAAAAAAGGACAUUUGAAGUUAAUUCAACUGUAUAAGCUUUUAUGGCUGCUGCACGGGCUUUGAAUGAAACUUUAAUCCCUGUUGAUAAGCGGAUCUGAGUCUUUAGAUCUCCGGAAAUUAUCACUGAAACUUCAAAAUCAUUACAGGGGUCGCUUCAAAAUGGAGCGGGACAACGGCGUCAUGUUCGACGUCCAUAUUCCGACGGUGGUUCUGGAGUCGACCGACGAUGCUCCAGCGACGCCGCCAGUCCUAGAAAAAGCUUAG